GGGUCACAAAUAGAGCCCACCAAGGCGCCGCGGAGCGCGCUGCCUUUUUUGAAGGGGGAAGCGCAUGCGCAGUGCGGGCAAACGAGACUUUUCUGACAGCUCUGUGCUCUGCGGUCUCUGUCAGGCUGCGGCCCGUCACGUCCCACACGCGAAGGCCUCGCUCCGGCACCAGGUAGGCCGCAAGUAGGCCUCAGGUAGGCCGCAGGUAGGCCGCAGGUAGGCCGCGCCCGGCCCCGAGGCCCCGUGGCCCCGUUCCGAGGCUGGAUCCUCAUUCCGUCCCACCAUGGCCGUGUUCGACACCCCUCGUGAGGCCUUCGGUGCGCUGCGACCCGCCUGCGUGCAGCUGACCAAGGCGCAGACGGUGGAGAACGUAGCCCGGCUGGAGGCCCGGCUGGCGGCCGUGGGCGCUGGGGCCCUUCAGGAGCUGCAGGACUACGUGCUGUUCCCGCUGCGCUUCGCACUGAAGGUGCCCGGGCCUAGAAAGGAGCGCGUGGUGCAGCGCGUGCUGCAGUGCCUGUCUGCUGUGCUGCUCAACACCAGCGUCAGGAGCCCGCGGCUGCUGCAGGAGCUGCUGUCCGAGCUGUGCUCCUGCCUGCCCGCCCCGCACGGAGCUGCUGCACCAGCCGAGGAGCUGCAGCUGGCUGUGAUGCAGGCGAUGCUGGCCUUGAUGCACUCAGCUCAGAGGGAUGCGCUCAGUGCUCUGUAUCAACCUUCCUGCCUCCCGCUCCUCGGUUUCGCUGUGUCUUUGCUCCUGGGCUUGGCGGAGAGAGAGAGAGCCAAGCAAGUGAAGCUGGUUGCUUUGGAGUGUUUGCAGGUCCUCAUGCUACAGGGCGAGUGUCAGGAGCAGCGGUGUCUAUGCGAGGAGGAGGAGCAGCGAUGUGGGGAUUUGUUUGCUUCUUUCCUGCCCGGUGUUUCUAUUGCGCUGUCUCGGAUUAUUGCUGGAGACGUCAAACAAGGGCAUGGAAUCACCGUGUCUGCCAUCAGACUCUUUUAUCACAUCGUUGGUUUUGUAAUGGCUGAUGAGCAGCUGGCCAGAGUUCCAAAGCAGAAGGAAAAGCCAUCAGUAGAACAAAGCAGAAUAGCAGAACUGAUAGUCCAUAGAGGGCCUGAGUGGAGCAAAAGCACCUCAGAAAAACUCUGCCUCCUCCUCCAUAAAAUAGUCGAACUUUCCUCUGUUCACUCUCACUGGAGGGUGAGGCUGGAGCUGGUGGAACUUGUCCAUCACCUGCUGAGCAGCUGCAGGCUGUCACUGGUGGACUCGUGCACUCAUCUUCUAAAGGCUUUGGUGGGGCUGGUUAAUGAUGAGAACAGCGAAGUGCAAAGCAGGUGUAACGAAGUGCUGCAGGGCAUUGCAGAGCAGCAGCUGGUAGCACAGAACAGAGCCCUCGCCGAUGUUCUCUCAGAGAACCUCCAUUCCCUUGCCACAGCCCUUCCUCGCCUGAUGAGCUCUCAGGACGACACAGGCAAGUUUUCCACUUUGAGCUUAUUACUCGGCUACUUGAAGCUGCUGGGCCCCAAGAUCAACAUCGUCCUCAACUCCGUAUCCCACCUCCAGCGUCUGUCCAAAGCACUGAUGCAGGUUCUGGAGCUGGAUGUGACGGAUGUGAAGAUAGUGGAGGACAGGCGCUGGGGCUGUGUGGGUGGCUACGACCCCUCCGUGCAGCAUGGUGUGCACAAGGGCAGGUGGCAGAGAAAAUACUUCCGCUUCUUCACGGAGGAAAGAAUUUUCCAGCUCCUUCAGCAAGUUUGUCGUGUUCUCGGCUACUAUGGGAACCUCUAUUUGCUCGUGGAUCAUUUCAUGGGGCUGUACAGUGAGUCUGUUGUGUAUCGAAAGCAGGCUGCCAUGGUCCUCAAUGAGCUGAUUGCAGGAGCUGCUGGCAUAGGGGUGGAUGUCCUUCAGGAAAGGGAAGCUUCACUGAGCAUGGAUGAUCUCAAAGGGUCCAUAACAUCCAUUCUUGAGGAGUACACAGACCGGGCAAACUGGUAUUUGGUCACUAGCAUUGAUACAGAGGAGAUGAGCCAUGAGCAGCUCUCUGUGCCGCGCUCAGGACUUGCUGCCCUCCCCGGAGCUGCAUGCAGCAAAGUUCUGCCAUCCUCAGGCCCGAAUGUAACGACUCACACCAUGAACAGCAACGUGUGGCAGCUCUGCAUCCAGCUGGAAGGGGUUGGCUGCUUUGCAACCGUCCUGGGGAGAGAGUUCCGCUUGCUUCUGCUGUCAGCUCUCUACCCAGUGUUGGAAAAGGCCGGUGACAAGACUCUGCUCAUCAGUGAGACAGCACAGGGGACGUUGGUGGACAUAUGUGAGGCCUGCGGUUAUGACUCUGUGCAGAGUUUGAUUAAUCAGAAUUCUGACUAUCUGGUGAAUGGGAUUUCCCUGAACUUGCGUCAGCUGGCACAACAGCCACAUGCUGCCCAGGUCCUGGGCACGAUGCUGAGACAUUCAGAUGCCAGUUUGCUGCCACUGAUAGAAGAUGUUAUCCAAGAUGUCCUGUCUGCACUAGAUCAGUCUUAUAAUAACCAGGCUUCCACCUUCCUCGGUGUCCUCCACUCCUUAAUGGCAGCUCUAGUCCAGUGGUUUGGGCCGUCCUGCAGCAAGGAGCACCAGCAGAGGCAGGCUGCAGAGGGGCAGAGCUGGACUUCAUCCCACAUGCAGCAGGAGAUAACAAGUCAGGAAGUGGAGCGAUUCUUCCUCGACUACAUCAAGCAGAAGCAGAUUGCAGAGGGCAACCUUUCUGACUCGGGUGACGAGGAGGCAGAUGAGGUUCCCCUCCUUGCUAAGCCCAAGCCGAGCGACUCUGAUGCAGGAGAAACUCCACUGCCAAGCCAUGCUCAGCUGGCCAAAGAUGUGAUGGAGAGGUGCAUCCAUUUGCUGUCUGACAGGAACCUCCGUGUGCGGCUGAAGGUCCUGGACGUGCUGGAGCUCUGUGUAACUGUGCUGCAUCCUCACGGAAACCAUCUGCUUCCCAUGGCUCAUCGUGUCUGGCCAGCUCUUGUCACUCGGCUGAUUAGCGAUGACCCUCUGGCAGUGCUGAGAGCCUUCAAGGUGCUGUGUACCCUGGCACAAAAGUGUGGGGACUUUUUGAGGCAGAGGUUCUCCAAGGAUGUCCUGCCUAAGCUGACCAGCUCCCUCCUCAGCCAAGCUGCAGCAAGUGCUAGAGCUGGGCCUGUGUACAACCACACACUUGCCUUCAAGUUACAGCUCGCUGUGUUGCAGGGACUGGGUUCUCUGUGUGAGAAGCUGGACAUGGGUGAGAGUGACCUGAAUAAAGUGGCAGAUGCCUGCCUGGUGUACCUCAGUGCCAAGCAACCCAUGCAGUUGCAAGAAGCUGCCCAGAGCGUUUUCCACCACUUACUGCGUGUGGACCCUGACAGCACCUGGCUGUUCCUCUCCGAGCUGUGCUGCCCAAACCCAUACGAACCACCCCACAGCAGCCUGCAGCCCGUGAAGCUGCGUGGGAUGGGGAAGCAGCGCAAUGAGUUCACCGACAACAUCCUGCUCCUGCUGGAGGAGCUGCAGCAACAGGAGAGAACAGGGGCACCAAGGGCACCACCUCCAUGAGGACCUUCACAGCAGCUGGCAGAGGAGAGGAGAACCACCACCACACAGCGCUCACCUGGGAGGAUCCCAUCAGCAGCACCCGGAGUCAGGUGAAACCACAGCCUUGUUUGGGGACUGAGGCUCCUUUUCUAUUAGUGGUGUUUGAAGGUGACUUCCCAGCACUCACCUGUUGGGUUACAUCCCUGCAGCACCCCCGGCCCUCCCAGCUGUGCUGUCCCCACCUGGAAACUAAUGCUUCACCCUUAUGGAGGCACAGCACUUUAAGCACAUUGGAAAUCCUCUUCUGAUAUUCACUGAAGCCAAGAACAAGAGUUACAUGCAUUUACACCGAGUGCCUCACCAGUAUUACUAAGGACAACAGCAUCCUGCCAUCUCCUCAGCAAUAGGGAGGCUUUUCCCUUACAGUUAUUUAAGUCAGGCCAAAUGAAUUGUGCUGCCUGAUUCUCGCCGUUGAGCCGCGGCAGAUCCUUUAGAUAAACAGCCAACCUUGAUUUACAACUUGCAAGUGAUUUAAGAGUCCCCCUUAUUCCCAGAUUGCCUGCCAUUUCUUGCGGGCUAUUUCUCAAACCUCUCCAAUUCUUAACGCCCACCCCCAAGGAGAAGCAUCAUGCUGCUGGUUGUGCACAUGAUGAUGAUGUUUGGUGCAAGGCUGCAGGUCCUGCUGCACGUAGCUGGGGCUGCCCCAAGCCCUAUAGGCACUGCUCCAUCCAUCCCCAGGCUCAUCAGCCUCACCCCACGUGGCCUUUGGCUGCUCGCGGGCAGAGACUGGUGAAGGUUUGAUGCUGGUGAUGUGGGAGGGCAGAUCUCGACUCAUUUCAGAAGUGAGCUCAGAAAUAGAAAAUGCAGUGAAAUAAAUGGGUUGUUAAUGGGACCAGCUUUGUGUGUUACUGCUGGCGGUCCUGGGUGAGCAUCCACAGCCAUGGGGAUCAUGGGGGCUGCUGAGAGGGUUCCUCUCACCUUGGUUUUGCUCCUAGUUGUUUGUCCAUGAGGAACACAGCUCUGUGGCUUUUCACCAAGGGCACGAGGCUGCAGCUCAGCUUUUACCCCUCAUGCUUCUUUCUAAGCACAUCCAUUGCUUAACAUCAGGUUGCAUUUGGUCCGGGAUCCUCUCAGAGCCCAUCACCCGAUGAGGGAAGGCAGCUGGAGCGAGCAGCUUCUCUAUGAGCAGAGCUAUCAGAGUGAGCCCGCACACGGGUGUAGCCCCCAGCCCCGCUGCAGCCCCGUCUCUCCAUCUCCUGCUCCCAAUGUUUCCCAUCAACUCAGCGAAAUGAAUCUCUUCCAAUAAAACCUGUUAUUUUUAACA